AUGAAAUGGUUCCGGGCCCUCGGCAUGGUCUUCACAGGCAUUCACAGCAUCAGCGGAUCAUCACUUAAAGAAACCCUGCUCCACGAAUUUCGGGACGUUUUCGAAGAGACUCUAGGCAAACCCUUAACCAAGAAUUACCAACACUUCAUGGCUUUGGUGUUUGCAGUCAAAGAGAUCAACAAGGAUCUGGAUCUCCUGCCCAACAUCACCCUUGGCUUCCAUAUCCACGACAACCACCAGAUUGAGUGGAACUGGGUUGGUCUUCUGGCCCCUGAAAAUGAUGAUGGAGAACAUUUCGUCUCAUCUAUCUUGCCAAUGCUGAAGGAGAAGGAGAUCUGCCUGGCCUUCAAUGACAAGUACAAGUUUGAUGUUAAUGCUUUUACAGAAUUGAAAAUGCUUCGUCUUUUCAAAACUUUAUCUAGCACUGAAAUUCUUCCCUAUUUGAGAAAAGUCCAAUUCAACAAUUGUGCUGGAGAUGAAAUUUCCUUCUCAGAAAAUGGACUGGGAUCUGGUGGUUAUGAUCUUCUGAACUGGGUUCUCCUGCCCAAUCAAUCUUUUGUCCCCAUGAAAGUUGGGCAAAUAGAUCCUGGGGCUCCCCCAGGCCAGGAUUUCACUAUUAACACCGAUGCUAUCAUCUGGGCCACAAAGGCAGGAGAGAGGAGAAGAGUUCCAGAGGGGAAGCAGGUUUGCUGCUACCAAUGUGACCCUUGUCCAGAAGGGACCAUUUCUAAUCAGACAGAUGCAGCUUCCUGUGAUCCCUGCCCAGAAGACCAAUACCCCAACUUGGAAAAGGACCACUGCAUUGCCAAGAAGCUCCACUUCCUUUCCUAUCAAGAGACCCUGGGAUACACUUUGGCUUCUCUCACUCUUUCUCUAUCUAUGAUCACACUGGCAGUUCUGGCAGUUUUUCAUCAUCAUCAUGAUACACCAAUCGUCAAGGCCAACAACAGAAAUCUCACCUACCUCCUCCUCAUCUCCCUCCUGCUUUGCUUCCUCUGCUCCUUCCUCUUCAUUGGUCGACCUGGGAAGUUCACCUGUCUCUUUCGACAAACAGUCUUUGCCAUUCUCUUUUCCCUCGCGGUUUCCUCUGUGUUGGCAAAAACUGUCAUGGUGGUUCUGGCCUUCAUGGCCACCAAGCCAGGGAACAGGACAAGGAAACUCUUAGGAAAACCACUGACCAACUCCAUUGUCUUAGCCUGUCCCCUGGUCCAAGCAGUUCUUUGUGCCACCUGGCUGGCAUCCUCCCCACCAUUUCCCAACAUGGACUUCCACUCUUUUGUAGGAGAGGCCAUCUUGGAAUGUAAUGAAGCUUCAGCUUCAAUGUUUUAUACUGUCCUUGCCUAUCUAGGGUUUCUGGCCCUCAUGAGUUUCACAGUGGCCUUUCUGGCUAGGAAAUUGCCUGACAGCUUUAACGAAGCCAAAUUCAUUACUUUUAGCAUGCUGGUCUUUUGCAGUGUUUGGAUCAGCUUCCUCCCCACCUACCUGAGUACCAAAGGGAAGUCCAUGGUGGCCGUGGAGAUCUUCUCCAUCUUGGCCUCUGGGGCUGGUCUCUUGGCUUGCAUCUUUUUCCCCAAAUGCUACAUUAUCCUACUUAAACCCAAUCUGAAUUGUAGGGAAAAUGUAAUGAGGCAGAAGAAUCUCUGA